AUGGAUAUUUGGAAAGUAGAACUCGACCUUAAGAGCUUUAAAGAUACAAUUUAUACCGAAGAUGAGAUUAAAAAAAUCGGCACGAUGAUGGAAUCUGCAUAUGUACAUAAAGAAUAUUUUAAUGAUGAUCAAAAAUCUAAGCCAAAUUACAUUCAUAUCUUUAUAGUCCCCACUGAUACAUCUACUGAAGUAAAAGAUAUAUCUGAUGAUAUAGUAAAAGAAUUAGUUAAACCCCCUAGUAAAUUGCCCGAUAAGACUAGGAAUUUCCUUAAUCAAAAACCUGAUUACAAAUUUACAAAACUUAUAGGACGUUUAAUUUUUCCUUCUUCAGUUGGAAAGAACGAAGACUCAUUUCAUGGCUUUUGGGAUGAUAUUAUUAAAAAUACGAUAUUAACUCUUGGAAAAGGUAUUGUUAGUUUGGCAAUAAUGGCUUUCAAUCGAAAUAUUAACAAAAAAACAUUGGCAGGGAAGAAAAAAGUGGAAAUUUCUACAGCAGAUGUUUCAAAAGAAUUAACUGAUAAAUUCAAAGAAUGGACCUAUGGGGAUGCUCCAUACCUCUUUGCGUAUUAUGCUAUUGUUAAACCUGAAACACUUGGCGAUUUUAAUUUAAGAGAACUUUCGGAAAGGCUUCGCGCUAUGAAUCUCCUUCAGAAUAUUUAUAAGUACUAA